GAAAUUUCUAAUAUGGCGUCGACGUAUGUCAGUGUGUUAUAGGUGGUGGAAAUGAAGUGAUAGAAGUGAGAUCAUUUCCGUCAUUUCCCGUAGGAAUAUUUCCAGUACGAAUUCACAAAAUGGAUUACUCCAAAGCAUCUUUACUCAUAGAGCCUUACAGUUCCUACAGUUGUGUAUUAUUUAACUGUAUAUAAUCCCCCACCCCCAUAGGAUAUUGCUCAAUAUUUGACGUACGAUAUAAUUCUACAUUUACCUUAACCUUUUUCAUCGUAUUGUGAUGGUAAAUGCUGUCACAAUGUUAAAUGUGGAUGUUCUGCGGUGCUUACCACAUCCAACUGUGACUUAUAGCCUACCCCAUGGGAAUCGCUAAUGUGUGCCCUGGCACGGGAAUUUUUGAUCAGCUAUGGCCAAAAAGAGUGAAAACAUGCGUGGAUUUAAUGUGGCUGUGGUUGGUCUCUCUGGAACAGAAAAGGACAAGGGACAGGCUGGAGUGGGGAAAUCAUGUUUGUGCAAUAGGUUUAUGCGAUCUUUGGCAGAUGAUUAUAGCGUUGAUCACAUUUCUGUCUUGAGUCAGACUGACUUCAGUGGACGCGUCGUCAACAAUGAUCAUUUCUUGUAUUGGGGAGAAGUAACGAAGUCUUCUGAAGAAGGUAUUGAAUUUCUGUUUCAAGUUAUCGAACAGACUGAAUUCAUUGAUGAUGCUUCAUUUCAGCCUUUUAAAGGUAGUAAAAUGGAACCCUAUGUAAAAAGGUGUAGUGCAACAAAGUUGACAUCUGCAGAAAAACUAAUGUAUAUCUGUAAAAACCAAUUGGGUAUCGAGAAAGAAUAUGAACAAAAAGUACUUCCUGAUGGGAAAAUCAACAUCGAUGGAUUUCUGUGUGUGUUUGACGUUAGUGAUGUUCCCUGUAGGACAAUUGAAAAACAAGUAGAAAUUGUUACAGGGAUAUUAAAUAAUUUGGUCAAGACAAAAAAACCAGUUGUCCUUGUGACAACUAAAAAUGAUGAUGCUAAUGAAUCGUAUGUCAAAGAAGCUGAAAGACUUGUAAGCAAGAAAGAGUAUAAAGGUGCAAUCUUGUUAAUAGAGACUUCAGCUCAUGAAAAUAUCAAUGUAGAUUUAGCCUUUAUAAUCCUAGCUCAGCUAAUUGAUAGGACAAAAGGCAGAACAAAAAUCUUACCUUUUCUUGAAGCAGCUAAAAUUAGGAAGGAGCUUCUUGAGCAUUCCACUGAGGCGUAUCAGCGCUUGAUUAGGUCCCAAGUCACAGACUACAGGGCAGUAUGGAGUUACACAUCAAAGAAGCUUGCAAACCAAGAAGAAUUCAUACGUUUUGUGGAGUUAUUUGGAAUGGACUGUUCUCAACGAGUGUUUAGGCGGCAUGUUAAGAAAUUGAAGGAUGAACAUUUGGCGAAAAAAGUUCAAGGCUACAUGGAUAUGCUUCCGGAAGUGCUGCAGGAAAUGGUACCUGAUUUAUCUACCUUGCGUGAUCGCGAUUGGCCAGCAGUGCAAUUACGUAUAAAAGAACAUCCUGAAUUCAGCCAGUAUUUUUAUGAAUGCCCUGAAGACAUCCCCUGGACAGAAUGUGAUUUGAGUGACAGCAGUGAAACUCGAAUUCCUUAUGAUGUUUUGGACACUAGUGAAGCAGAGACUGUGUACAAGAAUCAUGUGAAUGCCUUACAACAAGAACAGAAAAGAUUAGAAUGGAAGAAACAAUUUAAGCAGCUACUGGAAGAUACAGGAUAUGUGACACCUGGAAAACUUCUGUCUGAAGUGCGAGUUUUGUUCAUGGGGCGUGAAUGUUUUGAGGCAUUAAGUGAACAGGACUGCCAACAAAUUUAUGACCAACAUCAAAAAGAGAUUGUUGAAAAAGCCAAACAUAAUUUUCAGGACAGAAAGUUAAUGCUCUUUCAACACUUAGGGUUUGUCCACUGUCCUAUUCGAGAGCAUUGCCCAGCCUUUCCAAACUGCAUGGAUGCGCUAAUUGAGCGAAUUUUAGGAACCAAAGCACACAGGCCCUCUUCAUGGAACCACAGUAGUCAGUGGGUUCUCAGCUCAGACAAUAAUCAGUUGAACUUGGUAAUCCUUGGAAUAGAUGGUCUUGCUGAAGAGUUGGCAAGUGAAAUUAGAGUCCAGUGUGAUGAUGAUGAAUAUGAAAUUGAUUGUCAGUUAUACAGUUUAGAUUACAGAAUUAUUGAUGGUGAUGUUAGUCUACCACAAAAUUCUUUUAAAACUUCUAAAUUUUUACCAAACGGUUGUUUCUGUGUAUAUUCUAAUCCCGAAUCGUUUGAAUAUGUACGAGAAAGUUUGGAGAAAACUUUACUCUCCAAUUUAGAGCAAGAAGAUAGAUUACCGUUUCAAGGACUGCCAAUUGUUAUAUUAUUUGUUCCUGACCCAACUGUUGACGAAAAAGAGGUGUUGAGGUUGCAAGAGGAAGGUCAAAGUUUAGCUGAUAGUUUGCAGUGCCCCUUUAUAGGAGUUUCUCUAGAUGACAUUGAACCUGGCCAUCGGUUUGGUGCAUCGUUAAUCAUUGAAGCUCUGAGACAACUGAUUCAAAGCAUUCAUCAUCGGGCAGGGUUUUUGAAUGUCUAUCAGUCACCAAUGGAAUGUUCUGAACCUGACAUAAGGAUCAUUAUGUGUAUGUUCUGUGGUGAUCCAUAUUCUGUGGAAAAUAUUUUAAGUCCUCUGUUGAAUCAUCAGUGUUGUUUUCUAAGUGGUGAUCGUAGUAUUAUUUUGGAAACUUUUCUUGGAGAUUCUAAAAGGAAAGUUGAAGUAAUUAUUUCCUCUUUCCAUGGUGCGAAUGCAUUCAGAGAAGAAUUAGUUCAUGGUUUCAUUUUGGUGUACUCAACUAAGAGAAAAGCAUCGCUGUCAACAUUAAAUGCCUUCUCUAUGAACAUUCCAAAUUUACCGAUUCAAAUUCUAGCUGUUACUGACAGUGGAGGAGCUAAUGCAUUUUUCAGCAGUGAUUUAAGUCAUCUUCUAAUUACUGAAGGAAAUGCAACAGCUGAUAGAUUGCAAGCUCACUUCAUGACAUCUACAUCGUCAUCUCAACAAAAAACUGCAUUUUACACACCAUUUUUUAAAGAAGUCUGGGAGAAGAAACCUGAAAUUGAGCAAGCUUUUCAUAUGGAAGAACCUGUUAAUUUGAAUGACUCAGGGGAAGGGACUUUAGAAAGACCUUCACGACAUCCAUUACCUCCACCAAGACAUGAAAGUUAUCACAUAAAAACAACAGAAUCCAAUGAAGGAAGUGGAUCUGAGAUUUAUGAAAGAUUACCUACUGAUGCAUCUCUGGUGGAUGAUUUGAAUGAACCCUUGUCAGCAACUUUUCCUGAUGAUCGUUUAAUAAGUCCAAGUGAUGACAGUGAAAUUUAUUCUCAUGUUGAUAUAUAUAACCAAGAAAAUAGUGACCAAAUGGUGAAACCAAGUGAUAUUAAAAAUAAUGAGAAGUUGCAUCAUGAUCGAGAUGAUGGUUUGUGGAUGACAUCAUACCGGCAGCACGCAUUUACAACAGGUCGGAGGCACAUAUCAUCUUCUAAAUCAAGACCUAAAGGAAGCAGCCAGACCCUUAAGCAACCCGGUAAAUUGAAUUUAAAAGAUUUCUCAAUUGUAACGGAUGCAAUUGCUCGAAUGAAUGUUGGAGGAAGAGAGAAUUCAAAAGCAAAACUGAGCAAACCUUCGUUCGGUCACGCUCCUCUUGCUACUCCUGAGAAUGUGGAUCUAGGGUCUGAGUAUGCUCAGGUGAAAGAUGCUGUACCUGGUCUGUACACUUCCUACGAUGGUGAAUAUACUUAUACUUUGGUUCAAGAUGCUGUUGGUAGCAACAAACUGAAGCUCAGACAAAGAAGGGAGAAAGGACAACCUUUAAAAUGGACUUUGUGUAAUUGUUGUUAUAAACAGCAGAAAUCCAGGACUGCAUACUCAGACUCUGACAGUGAAUGGAGUUCUCUUGAACGGAGGCAGAGGGCAGCAGACAUCUAUUGUAAAGUCAAUCGAAAGCCUACUCCCCACAAACGGAUACGCAAGAAACGCACUGCUAUUCCUGUUCCAACUCCAAGGGUCCCUCCAAUUCAGGCGUUUGUGCCUCCUGAGGGGGCUGCUAUGCUUAACUAUCAGUUAAAAGAAGAACAAUCUCGGGGGGGUUGUGAUUCCAGUGAAAAAGUUCAUAGUGAAACUCCAUCUGAUAUGAGUGAUAUUAGUGAACCUGAAUUGUCCAGCUCUGCUACACAGUCUCGCCAAAAGUAUCAAAAGCAUUCAAUGCGCCUGAAGAAAAAGUCUGGCAGUACUACCCUGGCCCCAGUAGGGCCACCUGUUGUGCCCAAUCCAUCAGAACUGCGCGGGCAUCCUUAUGUCCCUCACUUACAGUCAGAUAAUGAUGUUCUCUCUUCUAAAAUUAAAAUGGAUGUGUCAUAUGGUAUUGGUCAUGAUGAUGAGUCUAGCUUAGAUGUGUCUUCUCCUCGAGAUGUGAAUUCACCAAUGGUUAAGGAGGGCGAUAAAACAUCAAGAAGAAAAGACAAACAGAAAGUAAAAGCAGAUGAAAAACAGGAGAAAAGGCGCAUAAAAGAAGAAAAGUUGAAGAAACUUGCUGAUAAAGAAAAAGAGAGAGAGAAGAAACGGGCUAAGGCAAAAGUGAAGAGCAGCCCUGUUGUGCCACAAGUGACACUGCAGGACUUUGCUCAGUCUAAAGAUAACUACAUUCCUCUCAUUCUUGAGAAGUGUGUUAAGUUUAUUGAAGAAGAGGGCUUGGAUUCGGAAGGCAUCUACAGGGUCCCUGGAAAUAGAGCUCACGUGGAUCUCCUAUUCCAGAAAUUUGAAGAAGAUCCCAAUUUCAACAUUCAUGAUCUGGAUAUUCCUGUUAAUGCUGUUGCUACUGCACUGAAGGAUUUUUUUUCCAAACGUCUACCACCUCUUCUAACACGAGAGAUGUUAGCAGAGUUAGAAGACAUAUCAGGUGCAAGAAGAAUUAACAAACAAGUAUCCACUGCUUAUCUCAACUUAGAAGCUGAUCCGGCCUUUUCUUCUAUUGUGAUUUCUCCAAACCAUGCUCAUUACUUUCUUCUAGAGGUUGUAAAUCUAGCAUUUAUAUUAAUUCACUUGUUUUAUAUUGAUGAAAGAGAAAAUAUUUUAGUUUUAUAUUUGAGGUUAAGGUACCCCUUCCUUCCCACCUCACUCACUUUUCUAGCAACUCCACUGUCUGUGAACUGCAAGUGGCCUGCAGGAAGUGGAAGGAAGCAGUUAUUUGGACCUGCUGGUAGUGUGUCUGCAAUGAGUUUGGCAGUAGAGGAGAAGAGUGAAUUGUGGGCUUUUAGAGAAGCAAGUUCUGCUAUAAUAACGGACCGUAGUUGCCGCCUUCUUGCCUUGCGAGGGCUGCUUAAGAAACUUCCUGGGGUAAACUUUGAAGUUCUGAAAUUCAUUUUCCAACAUUUUGUCAAGGUUUCUGAAAAUUGCAAAUUAAAUAGCAUGGACUCCAAGAAUCUCGCAAUCUGUUGGUGGCCCACGUUAUUACCUAUUGAAUUCAGCGACAUGGGACGAUUCGAGCAGAUGAGACCACAUUUAGAAGAUAUAGUUCAGACAAUGAUCGACCAAUAUCCAUUUUUGUUUUGUGGAAAGGAAGCUUUUGUAAUGGUUUGAGAUUUGUUGUGAGGUGUGCUGUGUUUUCAGGAGAAUUCCCAAUGUUAUGGAUAUACAUAUAUAUACAUAUAUAUGAAUAUAUAUA